AUGUUCCGCAUACUCGAAUCCCAGGCGCCGGCCAAACAGACCGCUACGGAUGCGAUCACCACACUCUCUGGUAGACUCCAGAGCGCAACAUUGCUAGAGGACCGAAGAGCUGCAAUUCUUGGACUGAGAAGCUUCGCAAAGACAUACCCCGCAAGCGUCGCAUCUGGUUCGUUGCGAGACUUGAUUUCUAGCAUUAGCAAAGAUGCCGAAGAUGUUGAUACGAUCAAAGUGGUCUUGGAGACCUUGUUAAUGUUGUUCUCUCCGGACGAAAAAAGCCCUGAAGCUUCAGAAGAGAUUGUUUUAUGGCUUGCGGACGAGUUCACGCAGCGCCAAGACAAUAUUACAGCUCUGCUUGACCUCCUUGAAACACGAGACUUCUAUUCCCGGCUUUACUCGUUGCAAUUGAUCUCGUCAAUAUCUUCCGCACGACCAGACCGUACACAAGAAUGCAUUUUCACCGCGCCUCUGGGUAUCUCCAGAUUAGUCAAUGUGCUUUCCGAUGCUAGGGAGCCUGUUCGAAAUGAGGCGCUGGUCCUUUUGAUUGCCCUCACUCCCUCGUCGGCCGAACUACAGAAACUUGUUGCAUUCGAAAAUGCCUUUGACCGAGCUUUCGAAUUGAUUGAAGCCGAGGGUUCGCUAUCUCAUGGAUCUGAAGUUGUCGAGGACUGCCUAUCUUUGUUGGCAAACCUACUUCGAUUAAAUGUUUCCAACCAGUCCUACUUCAGAGAGACUGGGUGUGUCAAGAAGCUUGCGGCACUUUUAAGCGAAAUAACAGUACCCAAGGAAGAGCAAGAAGAGCUACCACCAUGGUCUAUCGCUCGGCGAGACAAAAAUAUCUGGGGCUUACUGGCUAUCAUCCAAUUGUUUCUUGUUAGAGGGGGGAUCCAGAAAAUCAACCAAACUGCAUUUUGGCAAGCUGGAGUCAUGGAGCAGGUGCUUCUGAUAGCUUUUAGCAAAGACUUUGGGAUACAUAUCAUAGCCAUGGCCCUAGAGACAUGUGCUGGUUUGAUCCGCGGAAACUCGACACUUCAAGAAAAGUUUGCAGAUAUUGAAGUUUCUUGGAAAACCGAUCCUAACACAUCUGACACACCGAAUGGUACUCCCAAGGCAAAAACGUCUGUUCGAAUUAACGUUAUCGAAGCUUUACUCAAGCUAGCACUGGAGCCUGCUCCCGUUUUCGCCUUGAACGCACGCCUUGCAGCAGGCGAAUGCAUCAAGGCUUUCUUCGCUAAACAUACUGGAAUUCGGCUACAUGUUCUGCGGAGAGCUAUCGAUGGGCACGUAAGCGGAAACGACCAAAUUCCAAAUAUAUUGAGUGUGUUGCUCGAAGCCCCAGAGUCUCGAGCGAACAUUGACCCAUAUCGCAAUUGGAUCGGCUCUGUUCUAAUGUUCCACCUUGUCUUUGAAGACCCAGAGGCUAAAGCCCUCGCCAUGAAAGUCACAGAAGGAAACGCGGAAAAAGGCGAAGAAGUUGUUACUUGCAUCCAAACAAUCGCUGGAAACCUAACGACAGGUAUGCAGCGUGGCGACGAUGAGCGAAUAUCUAUUGGGUAUUUGAUGCUUUUGUCUGGUUGGUUGUUUGAGGAUCCUGAUGCUGUUAAUGAUUUCCUCGGUGAAGGCAGCAUUAUUCAAAGUCUUGUCCAAGAAAUCAAGCAGAGUGGUGUCGGCAACGUCCUAGUCUCUGGUCUUUGCUCUGUCCUGUUAGGCAUCAUCUACGAGUUUUCGACAAAAGAUUCGCCUAUCCCACGCGAGACUAUUCACAACGUACUAACUAGCAGGCUUGGUAGAGAACAGUACAUUGACAAGAUCACCAAGCUUCGGGAAGACCCAUUCAUUCGAGAUUUUGAGGUCCUGCCACGAACGAGUCGAGGUGAUCACGAUGGUGGAUUGCCUGAUAUUUUCUUUGACGGGACCUUCAUUGAGUUCAUCAAGGACAACUUCCAUCGCCUGAUACGAGCAAUCGAUCGUGAACCAGGACUGGAAAUCCCAAUCAUCACAAACGGGAUUCAAAAAGGGAUUUCAAGAGAGUUGGUCGAUUCCCUCCGGGCACAAGUGGAAGACCGAAGCCAGUUAAUCCAGAAAUUGGAAACGGAUUUGUUGAAUCUACAACAGAAGCUUGAGCAGGAGCAACUUGACCACCGGCGCACUAGGGAAUCAACCAAUCACGAGGUAUCUCGGAUAAAGCAAAUCAACGAGAGUUUGCAAAAGACUCACGAAAUGGAAGGAUCGAAGCUCGAAGGGCAGUACAAGCAAAUACACCAAAACCUACAGAAAGACCAUGAAGCAGAACUAUCAAAGCUGGGAGAACAGCACACGCAAAUGCAUCAAACCCUACAGAAGGAUCACGAAGCGGAACUGUCAAAGCUGGAAGAACAGCACAGGCAAAACCGAAACGAUUUGCUUAAACAACAUGGUGAGCAGUUGCGAGCCAUCGAUAGUCAGUUGAAAGAAACUACUGCAGAUUACGAGAAGAAAAGCGCAAAAUUGCGGCAGCGCCAUGAGGAUGAAGUGGCGGACCUUAAGAAGUCCAUCGCUGCUCUAGAAGCAGAUCUCCACAAAGCAACCGAGGAUCAUACCCGAGCCCAGAAAGCUGUCGAAGAAGAAUACUCGGGCAGAGCCUCUACCAUGGAAAGUCGGAUCAAGGAAGCCGAGAAGCGAGCCGAGGAGGCUGAAAAGAAAGCUCAACGAGGGGCAGAAGAGCUUCAAAGGGUCAAGGAGGAGACUCAAGGUGGAGGCAAAGAGCUCAAAGACGCCAAAGAUAAGAUUCAAACGGUAGAAAGGGAACUUCAAAAGGCCCAAGAAAAAAGCCGGGCAUUACAGAAAGAACUUGAAGAAGCUAGAGACACGACGCAAGCAGCCCAGAGCGAUCUCGAGGGAGCAGAGAAGGCCAAGAAAGAAGCCCAGGGUGAAUUGGAAGACCUGCUUAUUGUAUUUGGCGACCUCGAAACCAAAAGAAAGGCGGAAAAAACGCUCGGACCAGUCAUGUCUGUUGAUUUUCCCGCCGAAGAGGAGGCCAUCCUCAAGCGGUGGAGGGAAAUUGAUGCCUUUCGGCGACAGGUAGAACUUUCCAAGGGCAAGAAGCCGUACACUUUUUACGAUGGCCCUCCUUUCGCGACCGGGCUUCCCCAUUACGGUCACCUGCUCGCCAGUACCAUCAAGGAUAUCAUCCCCCGAUACUUUUCCAUGACGGGCCACUACUGUGAGCGAAGAUUUGGCUGGGACACCCAUGGCGUUCCGAUCGAACACGAGAUAGACAAGAAGCUAGGGAUGUCUGGUUCGCAAGCCGUUGAGAAAAUUGGUAUUGCUCAAUACAAUGCCGAAUGUCGCGCAAUUGUCAUGAGAUUUGCCGGUGAAUGGCGGCAGACCAUUGAAAGGCUAGGUCGUUGGAUCGAUUUCGACAAUCCGUAUCGCACAUUAGAUUUCACUUUCAUGGAAUCUGUCUGGUGGGUUUUCAAGCAAUUAGCGGACAAGGACCUAGUAUAUCGUGGAUAUCGGGUGAUGCCGUAUUCUACUGCGUUGAACACCCCUCUUAGCAACUUCGAGGCUAGUCAAAAUUAUCGUGAUGUGACAGACCCGGCUGUUGUGGUUUCGUUUCCUCUGGCCGACGACCCGAAUGUGAACCUCCUGGCAUGGACUACGACACCAUGGACACUUCCAUCCAAUACUGGCCUUUGUGUGAACCCAGACUUCGAAUACGUGAAGAUUCUCGACGAGGCGUCAGGAAAGCACUACAUUCUCAUGGAAACUCUUCUGCGCACACUCUACAAAGACCCAAAGAAGGCAAAAUACAAGGUGGUCGAACGUUUCCAAGGUUCAACCAUGAAAGGUUGGAGAUAUGAGCCACUCUUCGAUUAUUUCCAAGAGGAAUUUAAAGAUUCUGGGUUCCGCGUCUGGUUGGACGGAUACGUCACAUCUGACGCAGGUACAGGAAUUGUCCAUCAGGCCCCUGCAUUUGGUGAAGAUGAUUACAGAAUUGCUGUUGAAAAUGGGGUCGUUACCGAUGUCAGACUUCCUCCCAACCCAGUGGACCAAAAUGGAAACUUUACAUCCGAAGUUCGGGAUUUCUCUGGACAGCACGUCAAAGCCGCAGACAGACCUAUCAUCAAGCAUCUCAAAGGAACAGGCCGAUUGAUCGUCGAUGGGCAGAUUACUCACAGUUAUCCAUUCUGUUGGCGGUCUGACACUCCUUUAAUUUACAGGGCUGUUCCGGCAUGGUUUGUGAAGGUUGGACCGGUCAUCCCAACAAUGCUUGAGGGCAUUGAAAAGUCUCACUGGGUGCCGUCUUUCGUCAAGGAAAAGCGCUUCGCCAACUGGAUCCAGAAUGCCAGAGACUGGAAUAUCGCCAGAAAUCGAUACUGGGGAACCCCCAUUCCACUUUGGGCCAGCGAUGAUUUCAAAGAGCUCGUUGCCAUCGGCAGUGUCGCAGAGUUGAAGGAAUUAAGCGGCUACGAGGGAGAUCUUACCGACUUACAUCGGGAUUCUAUCGAUCACAUCACCAUUCCUAGCAAGCAAGGGAAGGGCCAGCUUCGUCGUAUCCCUGAAGUUUUCGAUUGCUGGUUUGAGAGUGGAUCUAUGCCAUACGGAGCCUCACACUAUCCAUUUGAACGGGAAUCGGAGUUCCAAGACUCCUUUCCGGCCCAGUUCAUUGCAGAGGGUCUUGACCAAACCCGUGGCUGGUUUUAUACCCUGUCCGUCCUAGGCUGCCAUUUAUUCGGAAAACUGCCUUACCAGAAUGUCAUUGUCAAUGGUAUUGUGUUGGCUGAAGACGGCAAGAAGAUGUCCAAGCGAUUGAAGAAUUACCCUGACCCGACUUUGGUAAUGGAUCGGUAUGGCUCAGAUGCUCUGCGACUCUAUUUGAUCAAUUCUCCCGUCGUUCGAGCCGAAACGUUGAGGUUUAAGGAGUCUGGCGUGAAGGACAUUAUCUCUAAAGUUCUCCUGCCUUUGUGGAAUAGCUACAAGUUCUUUGAGGGACAAGUAGCCUUGCUGAAGAAAAUCGAGAACAUUGACUACAUUUUUGACCCGAAGGCCGAGGUGAAUAAUACCAAUGUCAUGGAUCGGUGGAUCUUGGCUAGUUGCCAAAGUCUUCUCAAAUUUGUCAACCAAGAGAUGAACAGCUACCGCCUCUAUACUGUUGUUCCCAGGCUGCUCGAACUCAUUGACAACACCACAAACUGGUACAUUAGAUUCAACCGAAAGCGCCUCAAGGGUGAGUAUGGUGUUGAUGAUACCCAGCAUGCGCUCAACACUCUAUUUGAGGUUUUAUACACAAUUGUCCGUGGCCUUGCUCCAUUCACUCCGUUCUUGACGGACAAUAUCUACCUGCGACUUCUUCCCCAUAUACCCCAGGAUCUACGCGGAGAAGACGAUCGCAGUGUUCACUUCCAGCCCUACCCUCAAGUCCGCGAAGAACUCUUUGAUGAGGAGGUUGAAAGACGUGUGUCGAGGAUGCAGAAAGUCAUUGAACUCGCUAGAACUUCUCGUGAGCGGAAGAAUCUGGCGCUGAGAACGCCUCUGAAGACGUUGGUCGUCAUUCAUCAGGAUCAGCAAUACCUGGACGAUGUCAAAUCUCUUCAGACAUACAUCACUGAGGAACUGAACUUGCGAGACCUUGUUCUGUCUUCAGAUGAAAAGAAAUACAAUGUGCAAUACCGUGUCACAGCAGACUGGCCUACGCUUGGCAAGAAGCUCAAGAAGGAUGUUCAAAAGGUCAAAAAAGCUCUGCCGUCCUUGACAAGCGAUGAUGUCAAACGAUUUGUGGCGGAGAAAAAGAUCGUUGUUGAUGGCAUUGAGCUUGUUGAAGGGGAUUUGGUGGUUAGACGCGAUCUAGCCGAAGAUGAGGCGUCACAAAACAUGGAGCCCAACACCGACAAUGACGUUUUGACAAUUCUGGACGCUAAUGUCUACCCCGAGCUGGCAGAUGAGGGUCUGGGACGAGAAGUCGUUAGUCGCGUUCAAAGACUACGAAAGAAGGCCGGUCUACUUGCUACGGACGAUGUCAAAAUGGAGUACAAAGUCCUUUCAGACCCCGAUGAUAUUGGACUAAACAAUGUAUUCCAUACGCAAGCGGUAGCGAUGGAGAAAGUGCUGCGUCGACCAAUUGACAAGCAUGUGGUGACACAUAUCGAGGGCGAAAUUCCAAAGGAAGAGGAGGCUGGGCUCAUUUUGGAGGAAGAACAGGAGAUCCAAAAAGCGACCUUCUUGCUUAGACUAUUGAAGCUAUGA